AUGGUCCCGCAGUGUGGAUCACGUGUCACCACUAAUGUCACAGUGGAGUGUGUAGAAUGUACACCUGGGAAAUCGUACUCGGAUAAGCAUGAUAUCUCCUCGUGUAAGCCGUGCACUAUCUGUGACCCUAACGAAGAAACGAUCAGACCUUGUACUGCUACGGAGAAUGCUGUUUGUGGAGAAUGUAAUGCUGGGUAUGUAAACGAAUGAGUGUUUGGGUAAACUGAGAAUCUUUAAGAGAUAGUGUGUCAGGUUUUUCCUUUUUCACCAAAAAACAAUAACUGCAUGUAUCGUAUCUUUCAAAAGCAAACAUCGCCUUAUGAAGAGAGCGUAAUAUGCUUUCAGUUGAAUAAUUGCAACGCUGUUCUUUAUGCAAUUUAGUCCUAACUUUCAUAUGUCAGAGAGUAUUUUUUUAUCUUGAUUUAACACCAAAUUCUCGCAACUAGUUUGAAAGGAAAUAUGUUGCAGCUAGAGGGGAGAAUAAACAAUCAGAUCUUGAGAGGCAAAAAGUUAAUUUCAAAAAGCCUAAGCUGAGAUUUUUUUCAAACCCUACCUCAUCUUCAUCAAUUGAAGUUAUCAAAGCUGCAAUUUUUUACCGUGCACGCGUUAUAAUUAUGCACAGAAAGGAUACGCAACGCAAUACUGAUGAAAUGCCACGAUUAAAGGUUAUCUGAAUGUUUUUCCGCGUUUCGUGACAGCUUCUAUCGAGCUAUAACCGGAGAUUGCAAACCUUGUAUGAGAUGUUGUGCUGAUAGGAAAGACGAAGAUAUAGAGAAACAGUGCAGUGUUCAGUCCAACCUCCCUGCAAACCAGGUAUGUCGAUACGAUGUCAACACCAUCAAAUGCGCGCCUACUGUUUACAGGACAACUGCGCCUGCUGUGUUGGUAUCCACGGCUCCUGCAAUCGCACAUGACAAGAUGGCCUACCGCUCUGACGACAGAGGCAGUGCUAGUACUAUUUGGUUUAUAGCCGUUGUGGCUUGUGUUGCUUUUACUGUGUGUGUUUCCUUUGGAGUGAUGUUAUUUGUCUGCUACAGAAAGCAAUUUUUGUCACAGUAUUUGUGCAACACAAGAGCGCAUGCCGACGGAGACUGCGUGACUUCAACUCGUAAGUAUCUAGUCAUGCUUAGGACCAGGAUAAAAGAAAUUACACACAUCUUUUCAUGUUUUUAACCAUAUUUUGGUUACAAAAUUAAAAUUUGCAACCAAAAUAUGUUUUGAAUCAUAUCGGCUGUUUUCACACCAUACCCCUCUCUUUAAAUUAGGCGUAUGACCCUUUCCUCGGAGUUAAAAUUGCUUUAGCAUGGGUCUUUAUAGAAACUCUUUAGCUUAAGUCUAUCCUUUCCUCUGAUAAAUUAAAUGAAAUCAUCGAUUUUUGCGGAUGGACAGGUAAGCAUUUGUUCUAUUCGUAGAACUGAGUGUAAUCUCCCCUCAAAUAUACAGUAGAAAAGAAGAAGUUAUACUUUUAGUUUUAACAAGCCUACAUGUUUGCUUCCCUUACAGCAACCCAAGUUGUAUGUAAUCAGCCUUCAAGUCCUCCGAUUGUGACUGGGAAUGACUUUCCUAAAUUGCAAAUGGUAUGA